AUGGUUAACUCUACUCAGGUUGUAUAUUUUACACUCACUGCCUACGUGGACAUUGGUCUUUAUAAAUACUUGUGUUUUUUGAUGCUCUUGUAUUUAUACGUGCUCAUCAUCUGUGCUAAUCUACUGUUCAUCGUGGUCAUCUGCGGCACCAGGAACCUCCAUGAACCCAUGUACAUGUUCCUGGUCAGUCUGUUUGUGAACGAGCUGUACGGCAGCACCGGCUUGUUUCCUAUGUUGCUGGUCCAGGUCCUCUCUGACGUUCACACCGUCUCUUUCCCUCUGUGUUUUCUGCAGAUCUUCUGUGUUUACUCUUAUAUAGGUACUGAAGUUUUAAUCUUGGCCGUCAUGUCUUAUGACAGGUACCUGGCCAUCUGCUUUCCUCUGCAGUACGUCACGUGUAUGACCCCUAAAAAGGUGGUUGUCCUCAUUGCUCUGACCUGGUUGAUCCCUCUUUGUGCCAUCGUGGUUCUGAUAUCCCUGAGUGUAUCGUUACAGCUCUGCGGGAACGUCAUUAACAAAGUCUGUUGUGGAAACUACUCCAUUGUCAAACUGGCCUGCUCUGACACUACAGUUAACAACAUUUAUGGUCUCAUCUACACCGCCAUCUCCAUGGUCUUUCCUUUCAUUUUGAUCAUCUUCACUUAUGUGAAGAUUCUAGAAGUUUGUUUUUCAGGAUCCAAACAGGCCCGAGAGAAAGCCAUCAGUACCUGCACGCCUCAUCUGGCCUCCAUCGCCAACUUUUCCUUCGGUGUCUGUUUUCAGAUCUUAGAGGGCAGGUUGGGUUUUAGCAGACUGUCACCUGUGUUUGACAUUUUUUCAUCGCUGUACUACCUGACGUGCCAACCGCUCCUUACUCCGCUGAUAUACGGGCUGAAACUCAGUAAAAUACGAGAUACGUGCAAACGUCUGUUAGGUGGAGGGAAGGUGCUCCAGAUCGUUUGA